AUGGCUUCAAAUGUAUAUUCAAACAGCGCCGACGCAGUGCCGCCGCCUCCAAGAGAUAGUGAUGGAAGACCACCAUCUCCUCCACCUCCCCCUCCAGAUUCAUUCGUCCCUCCACCACCUCCAAGCUCAUUAGCUCCACCUCCUCCCCCUUCCAGUGAUCUUCCACCACCACCUCCGUCCGAACUACAACCUCCUCCUCCAGAACCUAUAAAAAAGAAGGGUUGGGGAGCUCCAAAGCCCGUUCCACUCAGCAUCGAGGACAUCUUGAGGAAGAAGAAAGAGGCAGAUGAGGCUGCUGCCAAGCCUAAAUUUCUAUCAAAAGCUGCUCGGGAGAAGCUGGCUCUCGAGAAAAGAGCUAAAGAGGUCGAAGAACAGAAACGCAAGCGCGAUGGAGAACAGGAUAACCGGAUAUCGGUAGGAAAUGGAAAUGGAAAUGGAAAUGGAAAUGGACAUAGAUCUGCCACGAAUGGUCGAGACGGUUAUGAACGAUCGCACCAGCAGGAUAAUGGACGACGAGAUUCUUCCUUUGUGCCUACUGGGCCUCGAGCUAUGCGAAAUGGUCAACAAAAUCGAUUGAGCACUAAUAAAUCGAACGACAUGGAGCCACCAGCCAAGCCAGCUGCUGCAGCAGGUACUAGUAAAGCUUCGGUGGCUGGGGAGAAACGACCUGCGAACACGGAAGAUCUGCAAGCUGCUCUGAUAAGAACGCGAUACAUGGGUGCCGAGACAAAUCAAUCGACAUUUUCUGCGAAGAAGAAGCGCAGACGAACGACUGAAAAGAAAUUUAAUUUUGAAUGGAAUGCCGAGGAGGAUACGAGUCCAGAUUACAAUCCUAUCUACCAGAAUCGGGCGGAAGCAGGUCUAUAUGGCCGAGGUAGAUUGGCUGGCUUUGCAGAAGAUGAGGGAGCAACUCUGAAGUAUGCUAAAGCUCUGGAAGAACGAGAUGUGGAGGCUGGAGGUGCGCGUGCACGAGAAAUUAUGGAAAUGGAGAAGCGGAGGAAAGAAGACGCCGGCAGGAACUCACUUGACAAACAUUGGAGUGAGAAGAAACUAGAACAUAUGCGAGAACGAGACUGGCGUAUUUUCAAGGAGGAUUUCAAUAUCAGUACAAAAGGAGGGGCAAUUCCGAACCCUAUGCGAAAUUGGUCGGAGUCCAAGUUACCAAAGCGACUUCUGGAUGUCAUCAAUCAAGUUGGUUAUGAUGAGCCAUCAGCAGUACAGAGAGCUGCUAUCCCUAUAGCAUUACAGGCGAGAGAUUUGAUCGGUGUUGCCGUUACUGGUUCGGGUAAAACUGCGGCUUUCUUACUGCCCUUACUGGUCUACAUUUCCGAAUUACCUCCACUGAAUGAAUUCACGAAGAAUGAUGGACCGUAUGCUAUUAUUCUCGCACCUACCCGUGAAUUGGCACAACAAAUUGAAGGAGAAGCCAAGAAGUUUGCAACACCACUUGGGUUCACUUGUGUUAGUAUCGUUGGUGGUCAUUCCUUGGAAGAGCAAUCUUACAACCUUCGUAAUGGUGCUGAAAUCAUCAUUGCGACACCUGGUCGUCUAGUUGACUGUAUUGAACGACGAGUUCUCGUCUUGGGACAAUGUUGUUAUAUUAUCAUGGACGAAGCAGAUCGUAUGAUCGAUCUCGGAUUCGAAGAAUCCGUCAACAAAAUCUUAGAUGCCCUUCCAGUCAGUAACGAAAAGCCAGACACAGACGACGCAGAAGAUGCCCAAGCAAUGAGCAGACAUCUAGGAGGUAAGGACCGCUAUCGUCAAACUAUGAUGUACACAGCCACCAUGCCUACGGCUGUCGAAAAAAUCGCCAAAAAGUAUCUUCGUCGCCCCGCCAUCGUCACUAUUGGUAAUAUUGGCGAAGCAGUCGAAACUGUCGAACAACGUGUUGAGUUUGUUUCUGGUGAAGAUAAACGCAAGAAGCGUCUCAAUGAAAUUCUCGCCUCGGGUGAAUUCCAACCUCCCAUCAUCGUCUUUGUCAACAUCAAACGUAACUGCGAUGCCGUGGCUCGCGAUAUCAAACACAUGGGCUUCACGUCGGUCACGCUCCACGGUUCCAAAACCCAAGAACAGCGUGAAGCGGCUCUUGCAUCGGUCCGUUCGGGCUCAACUAACGUGCUUGUCGCGACGGAUCUGGCGGGUCGUGGUAUCGAUGUGCCGGAUGUAUCGUUGGUGGUCAAUUUCAACAUGGCGACGAAUAUUGAGAGUUAUACGCAUCGUGUGGGUCGAACGGGAAGAGCGGGGAAGAGCGGCGUGGCAAUCUCUUUCUUGGGCAAUGAGGAUAGCGAUACCAUGUAUGAUCUGAAGCAGAUGUUGACGAAGAGUAGUAUUAGUAGGGUGCCCGAGGAGUUGAGGAAACAUGAGGCGGCGCAGCAGAAGAGUCAGAGGGGACAAGGUAUGAAGAAGAUUGAGGAGGGUGGAUUUGGUGGGAAGGGAGGUGGUGGGGGUUGGUAG